GCGCCCGCCAACCUCGGGCCAAAACUGAUGUAAGAGAGACCUUUGAGCCGUCUAGUCUCAUCUCAUUGACGGGCGAACCACGCGGUCCAACCCCCAGCUGGAUCAUCCAGAUUUAGAUUUGACUGCAUUGCUGCAAUUGACAAGGGCUUAAUUUUUCUCUUUUGCGACCAGAAGCGCACUUUGGCAGAGAUCGCCGCCGAUUUUCUUGUAUUAGUUUUGUUCUGGGAAUUUCUUCGUAGUCUUGGUUUUGGGUAGUUUACUUGUAUCGGCCGUUUGCCUCUUGAACUGUCGCCAGGCAUUCUCCGCGAUAGAAAAAAAAAACAGCAUCCAGCGCCCCCAAUACUUUUACAGGCGACGGGAUCAGUAUAUUGAACGGGCGGAACCAAUCCCCAACAGAGAAGCUUCGAGGCCAACCCCGUGCACCAUGGCUGCCGCUAUCCAAAGCCUCCAGGCCUCUCUGGAGCGGGUCAUCCUAAACCCUCGUUACCAUGACCUCCUCGCCGUCGUCAAGGGCGCACGCAAUGGUGCCGUCUAUGGCACCAAAGUUCGCUUCCCACACGCGCUGGUGAUGAUAUUACUCUUUCGAUCAGGGACAUUACGGGAGAAGCUCUGGCUCGUGUUCCGCGCAACGCGAACGCACGCCCGUAACUUAGCCAAGUUUGUCACGAUUUACAAGUUCACCUGCUUCCUGCUGAAGCACUACGGACCCACGCCAGGCAAGGAGGGCCCCUAUGACACCUUCGUGGCCGGCAUGCUCGGCGGCUACCUCGUCUUUGGAGGCCGCUCGGGCCGCACAGGCAAGAUCAGCAGUGUAAACCAGCAAAUCGUCGUCUACGUGUUUGCGCGCGUCGUUCUUGCUCUGGCCCGCUUGGCAGUCAAGCCUGGCUUCGGACUGCCCGUCGUCUCGGAACCUGGGAACUCUGCCGCAAUCAGCUACUAUGCCUGGCCCGUAUUCGCUGCCACAAGCUGGGGGCUUGUCAUGCACCUGUUCCGGUACCACGCCGCCGAACUUCAGCCUAGCCUGAGGAGCAGCAUGACAUACCUGUAUCUGCAAAGCAACGAAUGGGAUGGCCUGAGAAACUUUCUUUGGCAUAACAAAUAGACAAAUAACACUUGACCUGCUUCACUGGUUGAGUGAUAACAGACAUCACAUGAAUACAUAUAACUUGGUCCAUCA